GUCAAUCAUCUCAUUUCAAUAUCUUUCUCAGAUACAGUUAACUUUUGAAUUUUAAGACUUUCAAUUCAUCCUACAAAAUGCCUAACAGAAUCGUCAUCGCCGGGGCAGGGUUCGCCGGAGUAUGGAGCGCCCUCUCUGCCAAGCGUCUCAUCAGCUUUCAUGGAAAAGACGAGGAUAUCGAGGUCGUUGUGAUUGCACCUGAGCCUUCCCUCGUCCUCCGCCCUCGACUCUAUGAAGCCAAUGCAUCCGGCAUGACCCAUCCUCUCGGUCCUCUUUUCAAAGAUGCCGGCAUCAGUUUCAUCCAGGGUACUGUGGAGACCAUCCAGACGGAGGAUCAAACCGUCAAAGCGCGACUUGUGUCUGGCUCCACAUCCACGAUCAAAUACGAUCGCUUGGUAUUAGCCGUCGGAAGUACCGUUUCUCGUCCCGGACAGGUCACCGGUGUGACAGAGUACACAUUCGAUAUCGAUGCACUCGACUCGGCAACUAAACUCGAAGCUCACCUCCAGAACCUCGCCUCUCUUCCUUCAAGCCCAGGUUGCGAUACCCUCGUCGUGUGUGGAGGCGGAUUCACAGGUAUCGAGCUGGCGACGGAACUACCGAAGCGCUUUCCCGACGCCCAAGUGGUUCUGGUUGAAAACGGAUCCGAAAUCGCUUCGGGAUUCGCACCCAGCUCGCGCACUGUCAUUCAGAAGGCCCUCGCCGAUCUCAAUGUGGAGGUCAAACUCGGAUCAUCGGUAACAUCUAUCGAUGGCGAUGGUGUAACUCUUGCAUCGGGCGAGCGCAUCGAGACAAAAACACCCAUCUGGACCGCAGGAGUGAGAGCAAGCCCAUUGACGAACCAAAUCUCGGGACCCAAAGAUAACCUUUCCCGUCUGCACGUCAAUGAGAACCUGCGUGUUCCGACUAGCCCCAAUGUCUUUGCCACGGGUGACGCGGCGUGUGCCCGCGCAGACACGAACGGCCAUCAUGCGCUGAUGUCCUGCCAACACGCUCUCGUUCUAGGCCGGUUUGCUGGCCACAACGCGGCUGCAGAUCUACUGGGUGAUCAAAUGAUCCCGUACUCUCAGCCAGCGUAUCUUUGCUGCCUUGAUUUGGGAGGAUACGGGGCGGUGAUUGCGACGGGUUGGGAGAAAGAGUUGAAGCUUCAGGGUGACGUGGCCAAGGGGGUGAAGACCCUCAUCAAUCAGCAGUUGAUCUACCCUCCGCAAAACGUCGAGGAGGCUAUGACUGCGGCACAUCCGAUUGGGCCGGACUCUGACCAGUUGCUUGAUCAAUUGCUUGCUGUGGUGGCGUAAUUGCACAGGAUAUCGGAUCAAGGAGGUGACAGCAUGUAAUGAGGCUAGUGGAGGCAGACAGAGAUGCUGUGUUUUAUUGUUGUUGGUUUUGGUAAUUUUGUUUGAGUGGCUAUUCUGUGUACUGAUAAACAACUAAUUUUUGAAUAAGC